CACUAUCUGAGCGAUGGUUCUCGGCUAUGUGUUGUGGCUCAUCGUGUCCGUAGCUGCCUUCAAACUUGUCCUAGCAGGAACAUUGCCUGGUGCACUGUUAUAGCAAGGAUCACAGCAUGCAGACUCUAGCGAUGGUUUUGUGGACGACAACAAUCCUUCUGGAGGUCAAGGGUCAAGAAGAUGAACUGUGGGAUCCUUGGGCAGACAACUGCGAGUCCAUGGUCCCCUGUAACCUGACUGAACCCCAGACCGACCCCAUGCCCUACAUAGUUACUCUCAACAGACCAUACAUCAACAGCGAUCAGGCAGUGUACUUCUAUAUAAGAGCACUACCUCCACUCAGUUUCCAGGGGUUCAUGAUUCAGGCUCGGGACGACAAGACCGGUCAAGCUGUCGGGGAGUUCGACACAGACAACAGGAAGAUCAGCGUUAUAAAUUGCUUCGGCAGGCCAGAUAGCACGGCCAUGCACGCUGACAAUUCCCCCAAGACGGAAGUGACGGCCAGAUGGGCGCCCGAGGAUGACAAUGACGCUACAGUCACAUUUUAUGUCACAAUUGCUGAAAAGGUUUUUCCUCUAGAGAGGUUCUGGGCUUGGCAGCGUACGAAAACACUUAAAAUUGUCAAGUGACUUCUUGUAACCCUUUUGUUCUUUUCCACUUCAAGUACUUAGGGUGAGUAUAUUUUUGUACUAAAGGAAGCAAUUCGUGUGGAAGUCGAACAAAUUUGCAGGGCAAUGUUAGAAAGAGUAGAAGCCAACUUCCGAGAGCGGCUUGUAAAGUGCAUCACUGAAAACGGCCGUCACCUGUCAGAUGUUGUUUUCAAACAUUAAUUGUCUAAAAUGGUAAGAUCAUAUGAAUAUUAUUCUGGAAAUAAAUGUUUUUUUUAUCCACA